UGCAAUGAAAAUAAACGUACCUCUUGCGGCGUGAGCAAGUCGUGGUGCUGCGUCUGACUGAACUCGCAUAGCACACAGAGUCUGUGUCCAGGCGGUGCAAAGGGGAGGACAUUUCAUUCAGGUGUUUUAUUCCCUAACAAAGGAGGACGAACUGGGCCGAGCUGACGGAAGAAUAUAAUGGUAUUUCUGACGUUGUCCUGCUGGAUCCGCAACCGUGGACCCGACAGAUUCUGGAAAGUACAAGAACUGCUUAAACAUGCGCGGCACUUCAGAGGGAGGAAGAACCGCUGCUACAAACUGGCGGUGCUGGCUGUCAGGAGGGCUUUCGUCUACUCCACUAAAGGUCGGAGGUUUAAGAAGCGCAACAUGAGGACGCUGUGGAUCACACGCAUUGCAGCAGCAACACGAGAGCAUGGCAUGAAGUAUCCUGUCCUCAUACACAACCUUACCAAGUGCAGCGUUCAGCUUAACCGUCGCGUAAUGAGUGACCUGGCCAUCACGGAGCCUCGGACCUUCCUGUCGCUGGCGAAGCUGGCUCGGGCUCGGCAGCAGGAAGGUUUCCAGGCGGCACUGGGAGAUGGCAAAGAGCCUCCCGGUGUCCUUUCCAGAGUUAUGCUGCAGUAAAAGGACUUGCUUUUUACAGAUUCACGGAGCAGUUCUCCUGGCUUGUUCAGAGACAUCAACUUCACUUUUGUCAUUUCAUCAAUUUACAUAUAUAAAAAAAUAUUUCUGCAUGUGAUGCUUUAUCAGAGAGAUAAAGAACAGAACACUGGGAUGUGUAAGAUGUCUCACUUGUUGAUAACCUGUCCACAAUCAAGACUUCAGGUUUCUGCUGUAGUGGGUCUUCUACCACACUCCACCUGUGCCAUUUAAAGGAAUACAUCACACACAGAGGAGAUUCCUUGCUAUAAAGAACCCUGAUGUUCAUCAUUGGGAGGAGGAAAGUUAUCACAUGGAGAUAAAGUUUAUUUAAAAGACUUAUAAUAAUACAGCAAACAUCCAAAACAUGCAGUGCUUUUUAAUGGAGAAUGUGUUCACUCAUGUCUCUCUGGGUUUAAAUUUGCAACCUGCAGAUUCUGUUUGAUUCUACUUGGAGUUUUUGUUUCUGUGUAAAUAUUUAGUUUUUUGUGCUGAGGAUGUCUAAAUGUUUUAUUCAAUAAACAUUUUGAUAUAUGA